AUGUCACCAGCCAACCCUGCCUCAACCAGCCCAGCCAACCCUGCCUCAACAGCACCAGCCAACCCUGCCUCAACAGCACCAGCCAACCCUGCCAGACCAGCCAACCCUGCCUCAACCAACCCAGCCAACCCAGCCUCAACCAGCACCAGCCAACCCUGCCUCAACCAGCACCAGCCAACCCUACCUCAACCAGUCAAGCCAACCCUGCCUCAACCAGCCAACCCAGCCUCAACCAGCACCAGCCAACCCUACCUCAACAAGCACCAGCAAACCCUGCCUCAACCAGCACCAGCCAACCCUGCCUCAACCAGCACCAGCCAACCCUGCCCCAACCAGCCAACCCUGCCCCAACCAGCCAACCCUGCCCCAACCAGCCAACCCUGCCCCAACCAGCCAACCCUGCCCCAACCAGCCAACCCUGCCUCAACCAGCACCAGCCAACCCUGCCUCAACCAGCACCAGCCAACCCUGCCUCAACCAGCACCAGCCAACCCAGCCUCAACCACCACCAGCCAACCCAGCCUCAACCACCACCAGCCAAGCCAGCCUCAACCAGCACCAGCCAACCCUACCUCAACCAGCACCAGCCAACCCAGCCUCAACCACCACCAGCCAACCCUGCCUCAACCAGCACCAGCCAACCCUGCCUCAACCAGCACCAGCCAACCCUACCUCAACCAGCACCAGCCAACCCAGCCUCAACCAGCCAACCUUGCCUCAAUCAGCACCAGCCAACCCAGCCUCAACCAGCACCAGCCAACCCUGCCUCAACCAGCACCAGCCAACCCUGCCUCAACCAGCACCAGCCAACCCAGCCUCAACCACCACCAGCCAACCCAGCCUCAACCACCACCAGCCAAGCCAGCCUCAACCAGCACCAGCCAACCCUACCUCAACCAGCACCAGCCAACCCAGCCUCAACCACCACCAGCCAACCCAGCCUCAACCACCACCAGCCAACCCUGCCUCAACCAGCACCAGCCAACCCUGCCUCAACCAGCACCAGCCAACCCUGCCUCAACCAGCACCAGCCAACCCAGCCUCAACCAGCCAACCCUCACCAGCCAACCCUGCCUCAACCAGCCAACCCUGCCUCAACCAGCACCAGCCAACCCUGCCUCAACCAGCACCAGCCAACCUUGCCUCAAUCAGCACCAGCCAACCCAGCCUCAACCAGCACCAGCCAACCCUGCCUCAACCAGCCAACCCUACCUCAACCAGCACCAGCCAACCCUGCCUCAACCAGCCAACCCUGCCUUAACCAGCACAGCCAACCUUGCCUCAACCAGCACCAGCCAACCCAGCCUUAACCAGCCCAGCCAACCUUGCCUCAACCAGCACCAGCCAACCCAGCCUCAACCAGCACCAGCCAACCCAACCUCAACCUCAACCAGCACCAGCCAACCCAACGUCAACCUCAACCAGCCCAGCCAACCCAACCUCAACCUCAACCAGCCCAGCCAACCCAGCCUCAACCAGCCCAGCCAACCCUGCCUCAACCAGCACCAGCCAACCCUGCCUCAACCAGCCAACCCUGCCUCAACCAGCACCAGCCAACCCUGCCUCAACCAGCCAACCCUGCCUCAACCAGAACCAGCCAACCCUGCCUCAACCAGCCAACCCAGCCUCAACCAGCCAACCCAGCCUCAACCAACCCAGCCAACCCUGCCUCAACCACCACCAGCCAAGCCAGCCAACCCAGCCUCAACCAACCCAGCCAACCCUGCCUCAACCACCACCAGCCAACCCAGCCUCAACCAGCACCAGCCAACCCAGCCUCAACCAGCACCAGCCAACCCAACCUCAACCUCAACCAGCACCAGCCAACCCAGCCUCAACCAGCACCAGCCAACCCAACCUCAACCUCAACCAGCACCAGCCAACCCUGCCUCAACCAGCACCAGCCAACCCUGCCAGCACCAGCCAACCCAGCCUCAACCACCACCAGACAACCCAGCCUCAACCAGCACCAGCCAACCCUACCUCAACCAGCACCAGCCAACCCAACCUCAACCUCAACCAGCACCAGCCAACCCUGCCUCAACCAGCACCAGCCAACCCUGCCAACACCAGCCAACCCAGCCUCAACCAGCACCAGCCAACCCAGCAUCAACCAGCACCAGCCAACCCUGCCUCAACCAGCACCAGCCAACCCUACCUCAACCAGCACCAGCCAACCCUACCUCAACCAGCACCAGCCAACCCUACCUCAACCAGCACCAGCCAACCCAGCCUCAACCAGCACCAGCCAACCAUGCCUCAACCAGCACCACCCAACCCAGCCUCAACCAGCACCAGCCAACCCUGCCAGCCCAGCCAACCCUGCCUCAACCAACACCAGCCAACCCUGCCUCAACCAACACCAGCCAACAAUCAAAUGGAUGGUGA